GGAGCUCUUCGGACGUCUGUCACUCAAGGGACGUAACAUGGAGCUCCUCAAACCCUGUAACACCAAUGCCUUCGGAGGAGGGUUUAGUUCGGAUGGCCCGUCUCCACUCGUGGGUUCCACCGCCUCGGGCGAGCCGCGAGUCUCGGCGUUCACCUCCGUGUCUGUGCCGGCCACCUCGCCGGCCACGUCCGCUACCGACGCCAAACUCACGGUCUCUCUACCGGGACACUCCAUGCCCUGCAUACAGUCACAGUUAGAGAUGUAUCAUAGGUCCUAUCUCCAAGACAGCGGGUUCGGAUCGUACUCGGACUUUAGUUACGGCGCCGGGACCAGUCUACCGGCACUGCCGCCAGGAUACUUCCCGAUCAGACGCCGCCGUAAGGACAGCAGACAGCGGCGGCAGAGAACCACCUUCACUACCGAACAGACGAUGAAGUUAGAGCUGGAGUACAACAGGACGGAGUACAUCACAAGACCGAGAAGGUUUGAGUUGGCGGAAAUGUUGAACCUGUCGGAAACACAAAUCAAGAUCUGGUUCCAGAACCGCCGUGCGAAGGACAAAAGGAUAGAGAAGGCGCAACUGGAUCAACAGUACAGGUGCCUGGGCCUGCCGUCUCCCUAUGCCCAUGGAUAUGGCGGUUACUGCGGUGCUUGUUACUACCGAGAGAGGACCGGGGGCUCUGGCCUGCCGUGUACGGCCGGGCUUUGUGGAACGGAAGGAAACCAUCACAAGUCCGCCAAAGCGUGAUCAUGUGAUGAUAUUCGUCACUAUUAAAGAGUUAGAAGUUUUAAAACGUUAACCAGAAAGGUAACAUUUGCAAAGCGAAUGCAUAAUGUUUACCUU